UAUUAUCUCUUUAUCUUUGACAGCAGUGAUGGUAAGUGGCCGUUACGUAAUAAUUCAAAAUGGGCGCAUUCCUCCGCAGCCCGUUUUGAUGGAACACUGCUGUUUGAUGGUUGGGGGAACGACUGGGAUAUUUCUGUUAAAUGCCGGCCACAUUUCAAUCAAAGUAAGAAAAGUAAAAAGUGGCGAAAUAUUAAAGAAGUGUAUCCUGAUGCCAAGGUGGAGACAAAACAUAACGACACCCGGCUGACGUUGCCAGUGCUUGGACAAAGUCUCGAAGUGGCAGCCUUUGGAAUUCCAGGAAAAGAUGACCAGAAGCGAAUGCAAAUGGUGAUCUUUGGGAAGGAGCCAACCAAAGCCUGUGACUGGGAUAUCAGAGUUUAUCUGAUAGAUGACUCCGAAAUGGCGUUCAAGGUAACACAUUUACUCCUGAUCUGCAUUCUACCAAUUUUUAUUUUUUUAUUUUUUUAAUAGGAUUAAAGGUUAAGUCAAAAAAAGGAAAAAAAAAAGAAGAGAAACUAAAUAAGAAGAAAAGAAAGAUUAUUAUCUCAAUUUUUCCAGCAUUUUUCUCCUAAUUUAGCUUGCUCUUUGCUGGAAUAAGUUGGUUUAAUAGUUUUUGUACAUGUUUGUUUGACUUGUUUCUUUGUUUACUUUGUCUGUUGAGACUGUUAACCUUUUCCCUUUUAUUCAAUUUACAGCAGAUUUGCAAGAAAGGAGAAGAUGAAGAAAUGAAACUUUUGACAACACUGUCCAGCUUGUUUGUAUCCAACAGUGAGAAAGAUAUCAGCAUAGAGGUUACUGCCGUGGCUUCAGGGUGGCACAUCAUAGGGGACUAUAAGAAAGUAAGUUACUCUAUAGAGGGCGGGUGUGUUGUUGGAUAGUAUGACUUUCAAAGAUAUCUGACACUAGAAAUAAGAGUUGUUUUGAUGGUAAAACACGCCCUUCAGCAGCAGUUAGUGCCUACCAAAGCAUUAAUUUUAGGGCUCUGAUUCCAAGAUUCUGAACUUUCAUAUAAUUCCUUAGACGAUAGCUUCAAGAAGUGCCUGGAAUUCCCAAGAAAAUGCGACAGAUUUUCCCCGUUGUGAUUUUUCUGUGAGUCACGAUGAUUUAAAAGAACAGCAGUUCUUCUGUAAAAUGAGAGCAACACACGAAAACGACAGUGCUGGCAACGAGAUUGUGGCCUUUUUCCAACAGGUAAAUAAACUCAUCAUAAUCUUUACUUUAUUCAAGUUGUAUCUUCACGGUUAUCGUAAUGCUAUCGACUUCACGAAGCAAUUUACAAAGAAGAAGCCAAAGUUUAAAUUACUGGCUAGAUAA